GAUUGUUUUCCCUCCCAUGUUUCCUACUUUUCAAGAUCCCAUUUGCACCCCACUUCCUCUGUCAUUUGCACGGUAAUUCACAAUGCGCAGAGUCUCGGUUAAUGCCGCAUUGCGGACUCUUCCUCGAAGCGCCUACGCGCACCAGCAUUUUAGACGGUACGCUACUCCCGCUAGUCCGCCUCCAGCGGAGGGUUUCAUGCCCGGCGUUGCAACAUCCAAAUUCGUAAAGCACACCAAAGAGCAGGCUCUCGCAAACCCCGAGCUUUCGUCGCUAAAGAACUCUGAAACCAAGAAACUCAACCUUUUCCAAUCGGUGAACGAAGCAAUGGACUUGGCGCUGGCGUCGGAUGAAUCUGCUGUUGUCUUUGGUGAAGAUGUCGCGUUCGGCGGAGUGUUCCGUUGCACAAUGGGAUUACAAGAGAAGUACGGCAAGGAUCGUGUAUUCAACACUCCAUUAACGGAACAGGGAUUGGUUGGUUUUGGGAUUGGAAUGGCGGCCGCGGGCGCCACUGCUAUAGCCGAGGUUCAGUUUGCCGACUACGUUUUUCCGGCCUUUGAUCAGAUUGUAAAUGAGGCCGCAAAAUACCGGUACCGUUCCGGGAACCAGUUUGACUGUGGUGGAUUGACGAUUCGAAUGCCGUGCAUGGCUGUUGGACAUGGCGGUCAUUAUCACUCUCAAAGCCCCGAGGCCUACUUUGCCCACACCCCCGGACUGAAGGUUGUCAUUCCACGUUCACCCAUCCAAGCAAAAGGCCUAUUGCUCGCCGCCAUCCGUGAUCCGAAUCCAGUCCUCUUCAUGGAACCCAAGAUCUUGUACCGUGCAUCAGUGGAACAGGUGCCCGUAGAUGAUUACACGUUACCCAUCGGAAAAGCUGAGGUCAUGAAGCAAGGCAAGGAUGUGACCGUUGUGGGCUGGGGCUCUCAGAUAUACGUACUCGAAACAGCAAUUGCGAUGAUUGAAAAGGAGAUACCCGGCCUGCAAGUCGAACUUAUCGACUUGCGAUCUAUCUUGCCGUGGGAUGUCGAAACGAUUGAAAAGUCCGUAAACAAAACUGGACGUCUUGUCAUUGCACAUGAAGCACCAGUCACGGGCGGUUUCGGUGCGGAAAUGGCAGCCGCCAUUCAGGAACGUUGCUUCCUCCGUUUGGAAGCGCCCAUUCAACGAGUGUGCGGCUGGGACACCCCUUUCCCGCUUAUAUUUGAGAAGUUUUAUGUACCCAGUGCGAUACGAUGCGUCGAAGGUAUCAAGAAGGCUUUGAACUACUAGAUAGUGUACAGCUCGUGUACAGGUUAAGAAAAUCACGAUUCCUGAGAAAUGUUAGAAUUGCACCACAAGGACGAUAAUUGAUAAAAGACUGGCUGACGGGUAUAAAUACGGGAGUUCACUUGAAUGAAAGAGAUUCGUCUAUUAAUGAAAUAAAAAAUGAACACUUUGCCCAGCCCGCCA